AUGGCGAUGGUUACGACGUCGUCGGCGAUAACAUCUUCUUUACUGCCGGCCACCGCCACAGUUUGUAAUCGAAAUCAGCAACCGUCAUUUCUCCAAAACCGAAGCCAUUCGUCCCAGAAACAGAAAAGGGCCGUCUUCAAGGUUCAAGCUGCAAAGCUUCCAGCCGGAGUGGAACUCCCGAAAAAGACGCCAACGUUUAAGCCCCCUGUAGCUGGGUUCACGAGGGUCGCUGAGAUAUGGAACUCCAGAGCUUGUAUGAUUGGCCUAAUUGGCACAUUCAUUGUAGAACUGAUUCUGAACAAGGGGAUACUUCAGAUAAUUGGGGUUGAAGUUGGUAAAGGUCUUGAUCUUCCUCUGUGA